UUUAUGAGCAGACAUUUCUUAUUCAACUGCAGCCAACCGAUCCUGGAUGUGAAGAUAGCCUUUUGUCAGGGUUUUGGAAAACAAGUGGAUGUGUCAUAUAUCGCCAAGCAUUACAACAUGAGCAAAAGCAAAGUAGACAACCAGUUCUACAGCGUGGAAGUGGGUGACUCCACCUUCACCGUUUUAAAACGCUACCAGAAUUUAAAGCCCAUUGGUUCCGGAGCUCAGGGGAUCGUCUGUGCGGGCUAUGAUGCUGUCCUUGACAGAAACGUGGCCAUCAAAAAGCUCAGCAGACCUUUCCAGAACCAGACACAUGCAAAGAGGGCGUACCGCGAAUUGGUGCUAAUGAAAUGUGUCAAUCACAAAAAUAUUAUCAGUUUAUUAAACGUCUUCACACCGCAGAAAUCCUUAGAGGAGUUUCAAGAUGUGUACCUAGUCAUGGAGCUGAUGGACGCCAACCUGUGCCAGGUGAUCCAGAUGGAGCUGGACCACGAGAGAAUGUCCUACCUUCUUUACCAGAUGUUGUGCGGCAUCAAACAUCUGCAUUCAGCAGGCAUUAUUCACAGGGACCUGAAACCAAGCAAUAUAGUGGUGAAAUCUGACUGUACUCUCAAAAUUCUGGACUUUGGACUGGCUCGGACUGCCGGCACUAGCUUCAUGAUGACCCCUUAUGUGGUGACGAGAUACUACAGAGCCCCCGAAGUUAUCUUGGGCAUGGGUUAUAAAGAGAACGUGGACAUAUGGUCGGUGGGGUGCAUUAUGGGAGAAAUGGUGCGCCACAAAAUCCUUUUCCCGGGGCGGGACUACAUUGACCAAUGGAACAAGGUGAUCGAGCAGCUCGGUACACCGUCGCCGGAGUUCAUGAAGAAGCUACAGCCGACUGUGAGGAACUAUGUGGAGAACCGGCCCAAGUAUGCUGGCCUCACUUUUCCCAAACUCUUCCCGGACUGCCUCUUCCCCGCUGACUCCGAACACAACAAACUGAAAGCAAGUCAAGCCAGGGACCUGCUGUCCAAGAUGCUGAUCAUAGACCCAGCUAAGCGAAUAUCGGUCGACGAAGCGUUGCAGCAUCCCUACAUCAACGUGUGGUACGACCCGGCCGAGGUGGAGGCGGCCAGGGAUCUCAUCCAAAUAUCCAUGCCUCCGCCUCAAAUUUAUGACAAGCAGCUUGAUGAGAGAGAACAUUCCAUUGAUGAGUGGAAAGAGUUGAUCUACAAAGAAGUGAUGAAUUUUGAGGAGAGAACGAAGAAUGGCGUAGUGAAGGGACAGCCUUCACCUUCAGGUGCAGCCGUGAACAGCACUGAGAGCCUCCCUCCGUCCUCGUCCAUCAACGACAUCUCGUCCAUGUCCACCGACCAGACCCUGGCCUCAGACACCGACAGCAGCCUGGAGACCUCGGCGGGACCGCUGGGGUGCUGCAGGUGACUAGCCGCCUGCCUGCGCAACCCCGCCUUCUUCCGCCGCUGAGGAAGAAGAAGCAGUGGAAAGGCGAGGCGUAGGGGGCGCUAUCGGAAAGCAAACACAAAAUGGAAAAAAUGUCAAUCAAUCAAUUGGACGUGACCAGGCCUGCGCAUUGCCAUGCUAAAUAAAAACAACAACAGCGGUAUUUAAAGUUAUACUCACAUGUGGAUGAUCCUCGAGUUGCUUUGCUAAUAUUAGUCCACGUAUAUUGCAUACAAAAAGCAGCUUUGACUUGCAUCUCCUUUAAAUGUAAAAGCUGGCUGCUGAGCCCCUGCCCCCCGCUCCCUUCAAAAGGGCCCAAAAAGCAUUGAUAUGCUCCUGUCUUUGUCCUCAUCAUGUGACCUCUCUGCUGUAGUUUAUCCAAAAUAGCCCUCACAAUGUUUAUAAACACACCUCAUCAUGUAAAUAAUGUAAUUGUGUACAGUUGAAGGGCAAAUGGAGUGGGACUAACGGCCAGUAUGCUGGAGGCUUCUUUUUCAUUUUCGUUUCUUUUUUUUCUUUUUAAUUUGGCUGGUUUAUUUUUCAAAAAGCAAAUCAAAUUAUUUUCUAUGUCAACCUGAGCCAUACAAUUGCAUUUUAAUAACAUGCUUGGCUUUUACUUUAGUAUAAAUAAAUCAAUUACUGUUUAAAACACAAGAAAUAAGGGAAAUGUUUUUUGUGACUAGAAAAGGUUGACGAAAAUAUUCAGUGUAAUAUGAAAAAGUCGUACAAAACUGAAAUUACAUUCAAUUAGAAUAAAAUGACACUUUUUGGAGAGUGUAGCAAUUAUUUCUUAAAUUCCUUAUUUUAGAAUAUUGAUGCACCUUGCCACCCGAAUUGCUCCCGCGGAGUGUUGCAUUCGUGCAUGAUUCGAAUAUUCAUUUGCAAUAAGUCACCUUACACCAAAAACAGCCAUUCAACACUUUGCAUGUCAGUGAUCAAAGUAACACAACAUUAAAGGGAUUUUCAAGUCAUGUGUAGUUUACAGUGCAAGAAAGUCUAAAAUUGAUUGAAAAUUGAUUGAUUGAUUUGAUGCAAAACGGGAAAUAUACAUUUCGGUGAGCAUGUAGUCGAAUCAAUACUAUCACAACAUCGUGAUGCAUCACAAAGGUUAUUUAAAACAGCAUAAGCAUGAUUAUUAAAACAAAGGACGUUGAUACAUACUCUACUGUGAAAGAUAAUGUUAUGUUGCUAGACUGAAAUUUUGUCCUAACUUUACUUGAAGAGAGAUACUUCAUCAAUACAUGGAAAUUUCUAUAUAGUGGUAAUUGAUACUGGGAAAAUGGCUUCAAUGGUAGCGUCCAGUCUGCGCCAAUCCAGAAAUUCUCUCGUCUACUUCCAUACUCCAUGAACCAGGAAGUAGCCUGCUAGCUAGCUAACACAAAAACACAAAUAUGACACUUUGGUGGAGGUCUACGUUCUACUGAGUAACAUUCUAGUGAAAAUUUGCUAUUAUAAUAACGAAAUAAACAAAUGUAAUGGUGACCCAAGACUACUGCACAGUAUUGUAUCCUUAAAAUGACUUAUUUUGUCUUGUAGUAGCUGGCAGUGGCAAGUGCCUUUUGGUGGUGACAACUAGUACACUAGUGUUUUAAAUUGCACGGCAACAUGAUACAUAACUUAAUUUUGCCUUAAAACUAGCAUAUAAUUGGUAGAAAGGUCAGGAAUAAAACAUUUUGGUUCACAGACCUUAUUCAGUUUUCGUUCAUUUAUCUCAUGGCUUGGCUGUGUAACUACUUCAUUUAAUUUUUUUUUUUUUUAUUUUAACAGUUCAAUGUUGGGUGUUUAAACGAAACUUUUAAAAAACACACACCAGAGGUCCUCCCAAAAAAAAAAAAAAAACCAAAUAAUUAAAAAAAAUAUCGCCAACUUGACGUACACCUGCAGUACCUUGGAAGGUCUGAUAGAGGGAGGAGUCUCCGAAAAUAAGCUACAGUAUCGGUGUUGCAUUCAGGGUCCGCUCGGUCGGAGCUAUUUCUCUUUUUAAACAGGGUGCAACGUUCCACUAUACAUACCCCACCCCUGGCCCCAUUCUCACAGACUUUUAUUUUUAUUUUGUUGCACAAUAUUGGACAUUGUUAAACAAUUACACAAUUCUGUAUCUUUACAUCAUCUGGCCCACUUUUUUUCUGUAUUAUUAUUUUCCUGAAUGUAUUUUACUUACCUUGUUGUGAUAACUAGACAUUAAUGGAAUGGGUUUUGUUUUUUUGUUAUUGUUUUUUUUUGCCCAAAAAAGAUAUAAAUAUAGAAUUAUUGAAAUAAUAAGUGAUGUCAGCCCUUAUGGUGGCACAUGAUUGGUUGGGCUGCGACAAAAGAGGGUGGCCAAUUCCUCUGCAUGACAAAUGUGAUCGUCACAUUUAAUUUCAAAUGAAUACAUAAUAAUAAUUUCAAUUCAUUCAGAAUUUACAUUUCUUCACCUUCAAUUUGAUAUAUUAAAAAAAUAAUCCCAUUUAUUUAUUUGAAAAACAGUACAUUUGUAUCUUGAACUCUAUUUCAUUUGCUUUGUAUUUAAAUCAUUUUUGGCAACAACAAAAACAUUUCCAUACAUGACAAGACCUUGAAUCCUUGCUGGCUUGUUCGCACUGAAUGUAAACGUAGAAGCGAAUCAUUUGUCAUCACUGUAUGAUUAUGUUAUGUGUGUGUGUGCGCGCGUGUGUACACGUGUGUGCAUGCGUGUAUGAGAUUUGAAAUAAACCAGCAAGUCAACACAAUCGGAACUGAAAACACAAUUUUCUCAAAAUCUUGUGUUGAUUUUUCCUUCUUUGGGGAAUGGCAACAAGAUGUUGUGUGUGUGUGUGUGUGUGUGUGUGUGUGGUGUGUGUGUGUGUGUAAAAAAAUGACAUGUUUGGUCACAUUGAAAUGUAGAAGUAAAGUCAGUAGAUCAGGAAUGGGGAACUUACGGUUUGCGGGCCAUUCAUGGCCCGGAGAGCACUUAAUCGGGUCAGCCAUGCAAAUGUAGAAACCAUCAGAGGACGACACGGUUCUCCAGUCCUGGUUUAAAGCAGCGACAAGGCUUCAUUUUCCUCAAACGGGAUCUUUUCAUUGAUUUAAUUGUCAUCUGAAAAUUUUUCAGGACGCGAGAUUUUGUUGUCAUGUUGUAAAUAGCAACAGUCCAAGAAUGCAAUAAAAGCAGUCGCACAGACAGCGAGACUAGCGUCUUAAUUAAAAGGUGAACUAAGUUGCUGGCAUUCGAUGUAUAGAACAUUUGAAUCAUGUGAUGUUCUUCUACAAUUUUCCUUCUUUUACUUUGUACUGUUUUCAUCAAUCAUUCUAUUGGGUUGACAGUAAAUGAAAUCGAGUUUCCUGCUGAUGAUCUCAAAAGCUUCAGGCAAAUAAAGUUAAACAAUUGCAAAAGAUAUAAUUCAAAACAAAAAGAGAUAAAAACAGAGCUGUUACUCCAAACACAUUUUAA